AUGUUUUCCUCUUCUAAGAAAAAUUCAAGCGGGGGCAAACAAAAUUCUUCAAAAGACAAUCAGCAAGAACAAAAUUCAAACGGUGCAGUAGUCAGGAUUAAGAAAAAUCUUCCACCAGAAGUUGAAUUUCGUCAAGUGAAAGAAGAAUUAAAGAAAUCAAUCGAAGAUUCACGCUUAAUCAACAACACUACAUUUAUUCUCGAAUCAAUCCGUAUUUUCGAACGUAAAGAGAUGUACUCAUACAUUUUUGAUUUUGAUCAAGACAAGUACUCGGUUGCACCAAGUGGAGGUGCUAUUGUUGUUGCACAUCAGAAAUCAUUAGUUAAUGAAGAAUACUACUCCGCACUUCACAUUUACGACAGCUACUGCAACUUGAUUCGUUCAUUUCCAUUAACAUACCAACAUCGUCUUGAAUCAUUAUACUUUUCACCCGAAGAGUGCAUUGUUGUUGUUUACACAGAUGCACACAUCGAAACAUACACUAUCCAAGGUCGCAAAGUUUGUGAACUUUCGGAAUACGAAGGUCAAAAGAUCUCACUGCAAUUUGUUUCAUUCUGGCCACGUGGUUUGAUGCUUGCUGCAUAUCCAAACGUUGUUUACAUCAUCGACAACUUUGUUCAUCUUGAACCACGUGUUUUUUGUCGUUUUUCCGGUGAUUCUCUUUUAAGUGGUAUUAUUUUACCCGAAGAUCCAGAUACGGGUGUUGGCAUCCGUCUUUGGUGUGUUAAUUCGAAGAACAAUUUAGUUCUCAUCCAAGAAGAUGACUACGAAAUCCAAGAAUUUGUUUCACCUGUUUCGAAAAUUCUUUUUUCACCUAAUGGUAAAAUUGCAUUAGCCGUUUGCAAAGACAUCACAAAAGAAAAGUACGAAUUCAAAGAUGUCUUAUACUAUUUCUGCACUCCCGACUUUUCAGAAGUCAAACUUGCAAUCCGUUUUGAUGCAUUCCAACCUAGUAAGAUCGCGUGGUGUGGUUCGGAUGCUAUUUGCAUGACACAAGGCUUCCAACUUGUUCUUAUUGGUGCAUGUCAAGAUUCUAUCAAAUGGGAACUUGAUUCACCUAUGAUUAUCAGUUCUGAAAUCGAUGGUCUUCGUAUCUUUUCUAUGAAAGGCAGUUCUCUUUUGCGUGCUAUUACACGCAAUGUUCUUCAGUUUUGUCUUCAGAACACAAAAUCUCCACAAGUUCGUUUGUUCUAUGUUAUGAAUGACGAAGUUGGUCUUGCAGAGUCGGACUUAGUUAUUGUUGAUGAUUCCGACAAAAGCAUUACAGAACCAACUGAAGGUCGUACAUUCACAGUUAAAGAACUUCACACUGCUCUUCAAGGCAUUCUUGAAGCCGCUCUUUUCUUCAAGAACCCAUUAGUUCGUCGCAAUUUCCUCAAGAUCGGCACCCGUGUUAUGACUACAGUUCGUGCUCCUCUUAACGACACAUCAGUUAUCAGUCAAAACCUUGAACGUAUGCGUGAUUUCUUCGGAUUUGCAGACAAACUUUCUACUAUGCGUAUUGUUGACCAACUGAAUGGUCCUCCAUACAACAUUCCAGUUACAUUUGCACAGUUCCAAUCUCUUAAUCACAUUGUUCUUCUUAAACGUCUUUGCAACCGAUCAUUGUACUACGAAGCAUCACAACUUGCAUCAUAUGUUGGUGUUGAUGAUUCAUACAUCAACAGUCAUUGGGCUACAUCACUUAUUUUCACCUCACGCAGUGACGAUAACAUUUUGAAAUCAUACCACUCCAUGAACAUGUCUAUUGACUACGUCGAAGUUGCGAAGACAGCAUUCGACAUCAAUCGUGUUUCACUUGGUCUUAAACUUUUAGAGUGCAACAAAGCAAAAGCACGAGCUGUUCCAUUAUUAGUUUCACAAGGCCAAUGGCGUGAUGCACUUACAGCAGCUAUUAACUCUGCGGACUCAAGUUUGCUUGUUUACACUCUUGAGCAAGCAAUGAACAACGGUCAGUAUCUUCUUUUGUCGGAAUUUCUUCAAAACAAAGACAACCGCGACAUUCGAAACAUCUAUCUUCGUCUUUUGCCGGAUGACGAGACGGCAAUCAGCGAAGUUUUGCAUAUCGACAACCGCAAUGCUCUUUACAAAGUCAAGAAGACACUUUCGGGUGGUGGUUUGAUGAAAGACGAACGUGCACAACAGAUCAACAAGUUAUUUUCAUCAGACAACAUCAUCCCAGUCUUCACAUCAUUCUAUUCUAAACUGAACACUGCCAAAGAAUAUGUUUCAUCGACACGAUAUGUUGAAAACAUUGAUUCGCUUACACCUAGUGAAGUUUACGAACAAGUUAUCUUGAGUAACAAUCGAAACAAGACAGUUGACUAUGGCAAAGACAUUUUCCAUUUAUCUAACGACGAAAUCUUCUGGCGUCGUCUUCAGACAGGUCUUAAAUACGACUCUGUUUGUCUUAUCAAACAAUUCAAGAAAGCUAUGUCCAAGCAAUCAGGUGGUGCUGUUCCCGAAUGGUUCAUGUCAUAUGCCUCUCAACACUCUAGUCCACGUCUUCUUGACAUUCUUGAAGGUCGUGAAGUUGAAGACGAUCCAAACGAUCCUGUUAUCACCGGCUCUCUUGAAUACCAUCAACAGAAGAAAUCAGAAUCAGAAAAAUACAAUCAAAAGAAAGACAAAGACAAAUCUAAUAAAGACAAAGAUAAAAAUAAAGAUAAUAAAGAUAAAGACAAUGAGAAAGGUGAAGAAGCUCAACAAGAUGAACACAAAGAUAAUGCUGAACAACAACAAGAAGAAGUAACUGAAAAUCAAACAGAAACAAAGAAUGAAGAAAAUAAAACAGUUGAAGAAGAGAAACCAACAGAAGAGAAAGAGAAAGAAGAAACCGAACUUUCACCUGAAAAAGCAGAACAAAACCCAGAAGCACAAUGA